AUGUGGGUCAUGACGAGGCCCCCCCCUACCGUUUUAUCGAAAUGCGUGUAUUGCAACAAGCAUGAGUCGGAGGAUGUAAACUGGGUCCAAUGUAAAACUUGCGAGCAGUGGGCCCAUUUUUCGUGCGCUGGCGUGAACGAGAGUAUUGCGGAGAAAGAUUGGGACUGUUCAAGAUGUGCCCAGUUUAUCGUUCAGCAGCUGAAUGUCCCCAAACCAGGUAAGACGCGGUCGACUAAAAAUAAGACCGGAUCGAAAAGCGACUCAGGGUCUGUUCGCGGCAAUGGAUCUGUUCUAGAACUAGCUGAUCAGCAGUUUGAGGAAGAACAGCUCGCGCGCGAAAGAGCCUUUGCGAAGCAAAUUGAGAUUCGGGAGAGAAGAUUGCAACGAGAAUUGGAAUGGAACGCAAAGCAGCUGGAGAUGGAACGAAAUAUACGCAAGAAGGAGCUUGAAGUGCAGCGUCGGAUGCAGGAAGAAAAAUUAAAGCAAGAGCAAGAACUGCUAAACGCUCAGUUGGAAACUGAGCAAGAGUUUUUCAAGCAGCGUGAUGCCAUCCGUUGCAAGAUGAACAACAGUCUUCAGAAAGUUCAGUCGUGGAUGGACGAGGAAGCUGCUGUCGGUGGUACGUCGGAGCAGAACAAGAAAGUUGAUUCUUGGCUGAAGCAGCAAGAGAAGGACGUAACAAUUCCCGCAGCAGAUAUUCGCGGUGCGUACAAUAAGGGUGGGAAACCGAUUGUUACCCCGGUACUAAAAGGUGCGGGAAGUCACUGUUCCGGAAAAAGUUUAACACCAGUCAACGAAAAGGUAGUGAAUGAGGUUUCCGAGGAAGACAACUCUGAUAGUUCUGAAGGUGAACCAGAUGAAAACAUGAGCGCGGGUAGACAUUCGCGAAUUGCGAACGGAAAUUUUGGAACGCGCGGAUCAGAGAUAUUUAGCGCCUUUAGAGAGCAAGCUGUUCCAAGUGAAAUUGGCAGAAGUCGCUAUGAAUCGGAAGGGCAAGUAUUUCGGCUAACCCGAGAGCAGAUUGCCACGAGGAAGGUGGUAUCCGGAAAUCUGCCGAAGUUCAACGGAGAUCCGGAAACAUGGCCACUGUUUAUUAGCAGUUUUGAAAACACAACCAGGGCUUGUGGUUACUCAAACAUUGAGAACCUGGAUCGUUUGCUGAAUAGCUUGGGAGGAGAAGCGCUCAACGCCGUGAUAAGCAUGCUGAUACUUCCUGAUUCCGUGCCGGAAGUUAUUCGGGAUCUUCGCAGAUUAUUUGGCCAGCCGGAGAAGUUGCUAAAAAUGCUGCUUAAUAAGGUCAAGAACGCUCCACCGCCAACAACGGUAGAUCUAAAAACCUUCGUUAGGUUUGGUAUAACGGUCAAACAGCUCUGCGACCAUCUAGAAGCAGCUCGGCUUCGCGAUCAUCUUCGUAAUCCGCUUCUGGUGCAGCAGCUCGCCGAAAAACUGCCCCCAGAAUAUCAAAUGAAAUGGAUAGAAUACAAGCGCGGCAAGAAAGGAACACCACUGCGACUGUUCACGGAUUACAUAACAGAUAUUGGUGAUGUCGCUUCCGAAGCAGCAGCAUAUUCGUCGACAGUAAAUGACGUAGCGCGAUACUCCAAGGUUAAACCAGCCAGGAAGAAGGAGUUUGUACACGUUCAUGAUUCGGCAUCGAAACGAGAAGAGGGAGUGCAAUUGGAAAGGGUUAGCAAAUCUUGUUGGAUUUGCAAGCGAACAGAUCAUCGGAUCAGGUUCUGCGACGAUUUUCGGAAGAUGAAUAUCGUGGAGCGGUUGAAAGCAGUAGAUAAACAGAAGUUGUGUGGCAUUUGCCUCAAUAGGCACGGUGACAAUCCCUGUGGCUCUAAGGUUCGAUGUACGGUGAAGAAUUGCAAGGGGAAUCAUCAUACACUUCUACAUCGCGUUGAAGAAUCCGUACAGCUACAGAGGGUGGAAUGUAAUGCACACAGAGAUGCAGAUCGUUCAGUCAUAUUUCGCAUGGCGCCGGUGACGUUGCACUAUGGAAAGAAACGUUACGAAACACUAGCGUUUAUGGACGAGGGUUCGUCCACCACAUUAAUGGAUGAGGCAAUCGCGCAGAUACUGAAAGUGGAAGGCGAGCUUGAGCCGCUGAUCGUAACCUGGACAGGUGACAUCAACCGUUUCGAGAAUGGUUCCCGGAAAGUCGACUUAUUGCUGUCGGUGAAAGGAUCAAAGGAAAAGGUUCCGUUAGAGAAUGUUCGCACUGUUUCCGAGCUCUUGCUUCCUAAACAAGAUAUGCGGUUUGCAGAUGUAGCGAAGCACUAUCCGCAUUUAGCGGGAUUGCCGGUAAAGGAUCUUCUCGGAGGACAAGCGACAAUUCUUAUCGGCUUGGAUAACCUACAUCUAUUUGCGCCGCUGGAGUCACGAGUCGGUAAACAGAAUGAGCCGAUCGCCGUGCGGUCAAAGCUUCAUGACUUGAUGCGGAACCAGUACGUUUUGGACGAUGUGGGUGUUACAUCAUUCGCCAUACCGGAGCCGAAGGAGGAGCAACGAGCAAAGGCAAUCCUGCAAGCGACGACUAAGCGUGUAGGCGAACAGUUCGAAACAGGGCUACUGUGGCGAGAUGACGUUCGGCGAUUCCCUGACAGCUACUCAAUGGCAUUGCGAAGAAUGAAAGCACUGGAACGAAAGCUGGAGAAGGAUCCAGUAUUGAAGCAGAUUGUGUGUCAGCAGAUAAGCGACUAUCUGGCGAAAGGAUACGCACACAAAAUAACCAACGCAGAAAUUACAAACACACCAAACUCGGCAGUCUGGUAUUUACCAGUUAACGUGGUGUUGAACCCGCGCAAGCCAGGAAAAGUGCGACUGGUGUGGGACGCAGCCGCUUCGGUCGGAGGAAUUUCUUUGAACUCGGAGUUAUUGAAAGGGCCGGAUAUGUUGAUACCCCUUCCACGGGUCAUUUGCCACUUUCGAGAGCGUCCAAUCGCGUUUGGAGGAGAUAUACAGGAAAUGUACCACCAGAUUCGAAUCAAAGACGAGGACAAGCAAGCGCAACGAUUCUUGUUUAGGCCUGACCAAGGGGAAAUGCCACAGGUCUACGUUAUGGACGUUGCUACCUUCGGUUCCACGUGCUCGCCCUGCUCCGCGCAGUUUGUAAAAAAUCUAAACGCGGAACAUUUUAUGGAAAAGUACCCGGAGGCAGCAGCAGCUAUUGUUAAGAAACACUAUGUAGAUGAUUACUACGACAGUGUAGACACAGUAGAAGAAGCAAUACAACGGGCUAAAGAAGUGAAGUAUAUACAUGCACAAGGCGGCUUCCACAUCAGAAACUGGGUGUCGAACUCGGUAAAGCUUCUAGAAGAGCUUGGUGAUCGUAGCUCGAACGGAGCAGUGCAUUUCAAUCGAGACAAAGGCACAGAGUACGAGCGUGUGCUGGGUAUUGUUUGGGAGCCAGCUGAAGAUAUCUUUUCGUUUGCUACUGUGUCAAAUGCAAAUUUCACGAAGGUACUGGAAGAAGGAGAAUGUCCAACGAAACGAAUAGUCCUCAGUUUCGUUAUGGCACAAUUUGAUCCAAUGGGAUUCAUCGGUCCCCUAACUGUACGCGGGAAGAUGCUGAUCCAAGAUCUCUGGAGAACCGGCUGCGACUGGGAUUCCAAAAUUGAUAAGGAGUCGCAUGAUAAAUGGCGACGUUGGAUAAAUAUGAUGCGAAACAUAGGGUCCUUCAAGCUGCCUCGAAGUUAUUUCGGAAAUGCCAAAUCGAACGAAAUAGACGAUCUGGAGUUACAUAUAUUCGCUGAUGCCAGCGAAAAGGCAUACGGCUGUGUGGCGUACUUUCGAGCGAUCGUACGAGACGAGGUAAGGUGCGCCCUAGUUAUGAGCCGUUCCAAGGUGGCUCCACUGAAGCAGACAUCAAUACCGCGUCUAGAGCUACUGGCAGCAGUUCUUGGAGCACGAUUGUCGAAAACAGUUAUCGAUAACCACAACUUUGGUAUUGGAAAAGUGGUGUUCUGGAUUGAUGCGAGCGUUGUGUUGUCCUGGAUUCGGUCUGACCAGUGCAGAUACAAACAGUUUGUUGGCUUUAGAAUUGGCGAAAUUCUUAGCCUGACAAAAUUGACCGACUGCCGGUGGAUACCAACUAGACUUAACGUAGCGGACCAACUUACUAAAUGGGGUAAAGAUCCGGAUAUGCACGCUGAUAGCGCGUGGGUCCAGGGGAUGGAAUUCCUGUACACGAACAAGCAGGAGUGGCCAAAGAAGGCACUACCUCCGGCUAAUACAACCGAAGAAUUACGCAUUCAUCUCUUGUUGCACGAUGUGAAGGUGCAAGCAGUUCUCAUCGAUCCUUCGCGCAUAUCUAAGUGGACGGUGCUUGUUCGUACCAUGGCGUCCGUAUUCCGUUUCAUCUCGAACUGUAGACAAAAGGUCAAGGGGCUACCGAUCGAAACACUGAAAGCGACGGACCGACAGGCGAAGGUUCGGUGUACGAAAAAUGUGGCUUGUGUCCGCGUGCCGUUACAGCAAGUCGAGUAUGAGAAGGCAGAGAAAUGUCUGUUUAAAAUGGCGCAGGCGGAGAGUUUCGUUGAUGAACUAAAGGUGCUGAAACGAAAUAAAGAUCGUCCAGUAAACCAAUGGUUAGCAGUUGAAAAAUCUAGUCCAUUGAGCAAGCUGACACCGUUGAUCGACGAAGCAGGCAUGAUUCGCAUGGAAGGCCGUUGCGAGCGAGCAGAUGAACUACCAUUUGAUCUGCGAUUUCCUGUAAUUCUUCCGGAUAACAACAGAAUUACCUACAUGAUCGUCCAAAACCUGCACGAAGAAUGUGGACAUGGAUAUAGACUCAUGGUUAAAAACAAACUGAAGCAGCUGUUUUAUGUGGUUCACGUGGACGCAGUCGUGAAGAAAGUAUCGUCGGCUUGUAUAUGGUGUAAGGUUCAUCGCAAUCGGCCUCGUGUUCCGCGAGAAGCUCCGUUGCCGCUGCAACGACUUACCCCACAUCAUCGCCCUUUCAGCUUUGUGGGAGUUGACUACAUGGGACCCUUUGAAGUGGCUGUUGGACGCCGGAAUGAAAAACGUUGGAUCGCAUUGUUCACCUGUUUAGUAACUCGAGCGGUGCAUUUAGAGGUGGCGCACGGGCUAACAACACAAUCCUGUUUGAUGGCGAUAAGUCGCUUCAUCGGGCGACGAGAUUGGCCGAUUGAGUUCCUCUCGGAUAACGGGACCAAUUUCCAAGGGGCUAGCAAAGAGUUGUUGGCACAGCUCAAAGGAAUUGAGUUUGAUUGCGCUGAACAAUACACAAACGCGAGAACGAGGUGGACAUUCAACCCACCCGCGGCACCCCAUAUGGGUGGCGUAUGGGAGCAGGCCCACUCAGAAGAAGUGGAUGCGUUGACCCCAAACCAUUUUUUGCGAGGUCCUCCAUCUAAGCAACGAAACGUAACGAGUCCACCACCGCAUCCGGCUGAAGCACUUCGUGAUACGUACAAACGAACGCAGCAGUUAGCUAGUGAGUUGUGGCAGCGCUGGAUCAGGGAAUAUGUUCCAUCAAUAAACCAACGAACCAGGUGGUUUGGCGAAACGAAACCGUUGAAAGCAGGCGAUUUGGUGUACAUCGUCGAAGGCAACAAUCGGAAAUGCUGGGUCCGCGGCAUAGUGGAGGAACCUAUAGUGUCGAGCGAUGGUCGUAUACGGCAAGCAUGGGUCCGUACCAGGACCAAGCGGUACAGACGAGCGGCAGCAAACUUGGCCGUGUUGGAAUUAGACGAUGGUAACUCUGAACCGAAUGAUACCUUCGGAUCAGGGUUACGGGUCGGGGAAUAUGUUGGGAACACUGCCAUGCCGCUGCAAUAA